AUGAAAUUUGAUGGCUCUCUUGAGAGGUACAAGGCACGGUUGGUUGCAAAGGGUGGUGAUUCAACUACAUUCUUGAUUGUGUAUGUUGACGAUAUCAUCAUAGUUGGGCCAACACAAGCAUCCGUGAAUGUUGUAAAUGACAGUGUUCAAGCUAUCUUCAAGUUAAAGAUCUUGGGUGACCUCAAAUUUUUCUUGGGUUUGGAGUUGGCGAGAUCGCAGCACGGUAUCUCUUUAUGCCAACGAAAAUAUACUCUUUCUCUUCUGGAAGAUACGGGUUAUGUCAAUUGUAAACCCGCAAACAUACCCAUAGAAGCUAACCUCGAGCUUCGAGCUGCAGAGGGUGAGCCAGUACCAGACCCAUCUGCCUAUCGCAGACUUGUUGGGAGGUUAAUGUACCUCACUAUAUCCAGACCGGACAUCACUUUCGCUGUUGUAAAACUUGCACAGUACAUGUCUGAUCCAAGAAUGCCACUUUUAAAUGAUGUUCAUCACGUCUUGUGCUAG